GACGUUCGUCCGACAUUAGUCUUCGUCUUUCCUCCACCAUCAUGCAGCCCACUCUCAUACGCCGUCAGCUGGGCGGUCUUGUCCCACCCAAAAUUGCCACACCGUCAAUUCUGUCUUCCGGCUCUGGGGCAGGACUGGGUCCUCUCGUGAACUUCUACUCCAAGCUGCCCAAGGGACCCGCACCUGCAUCUGCGUUUGGUGGGAUCAAGGCGCGUUUCUUCAACGGCAAGAACGCGUCGGCGGUGCCUCUUCUUGGCGCUGUCCUUGGUAUCUUCGCUCUGGGGUACACCAUUGACUAUCAGAUGCAUUUGAAGCACCACAAGAACCACCCUCACUAGACGCGGGGCGACGGAGAGUGAGCUUCGCCAGGUGGUGGGGCGAAUUGCGAGACUGCAUGUACACAGGACUAUCACGAAGCCGUUUCUGCUCACUUCUCGUC